AUGGAACCCAACAUGGACCACUCUCAUCCUCCCGGCCACGGCCAUCCAUCCCCUCCUCACCACUCGGAAAAGACCACCGCCAAGUUCUUCAACCACGCCUCGGCCCGGCGCAUCGACACCCAAUGCGUCAUCGCCACCACUCUCAAGCGACAAUACCGCAACCUCGAACUCACCAUCGCACCCCUCUACUCCAGUAACCUCCUCGGUUUCGCCGCCGCCGGCCACGCAACCGUCACCCCGCUGACCGAAGACUUCGGCUCCGACAACAAGUACCCCAACACCCUGUCCACCACAAACUACGUUCCUCCCGCCCGCCGUAUCGACAACUCCCCGGGGUUCCUGGUCAAAGACAUCAUCUUCGCCAAGUACAUGCUCAAGUGGCAAAACAAGGAAUUCAUCCUCUACAUCGCCGACGGACGUGAUGGCGCCGCUGCCUACCCCCAGCUGAAGAACAACUACAUCUUGUCACCAUCUUUACAUCUCUCCGAGUCACUGUUGCUGGCAGCCGGCAAAUGGUCCGACUCGCUGCUGGACGAGAUCUGGGUAUUUGACGGCGGGUGGUGGCAGAAGAGCCGAGAGCUGUGGGAGAGCAUCCAGUCAGCAAGCUGGGGGAACGUAAUUCUGGACGAGGGCAUGAAGAAGACGAUUAUCGAGGACCACCUGAACUUCUUUAACAGCAGGGAGACGUAUGGACGACUGAAGGUGCCGUGGAAGAGGGGUGUGAUCUACUGGGGACCGCCGGGGAACGGCAAGACGAUUAGUAUCAAGGCCAUGAUGAAGACGUUGUUGGAUAGGGAGGAUAGCGUGCCGAGUUUGUAUGUUAGGAGCUUGGUAUCGUACGCCGGCCCCGAAUACGCCCUUUCCUCCAUCUUCUCCAAAGCCCGCCAAAUGGCCCCCUGCUACCUCAUCUUCGAAGACCUCGACUCCCUGGUCUCCGACAACGUGCGCUCCUACUUCCUCAACGAGGUCGAUGGUCUCAAAUCCAACGACGGCAUCUUCAUGAUCGGUUCCACCAACCACUUGGAACGUCUCGACCCGGGCAUCAGCAAGCGUCCUUCGCGGUUCGACCGCAAGUACCUGUUUCCCAACCCGGACCUCAAGCAGAGAGUCAUGUACUGCGAGUUCUGGCAGAAUAAGCUCAAGAGCAGCGAGGCGAUCGAGUUCCCGGAUGUAUUGACUAAGAAGAUUGCCAUGAUCACGAAUGAUUUCAGCUUUGCCUACAUCCAGGAAGCGUUUGUGGCGAGUUUGUUGGCUAUUGCGAGGGAUUCCAAGGAGAAGGAGGAUGUCCUGGCCAGGAGUGGGAUCGAGGAUGAUUGGGAGAGGCUGACGCUGGAGGAUUCGGAUGGCAGUGACGAUGGAAGUGAUGACGGGGAUGAUGAGGAUUUGGACAAGUACGUCCUUUGGGUGGAGAUUAAGAAGCAGGUGGCUAUUCUGAGGGAGGGGAUUGAGCAUGAGGACUAA